AUGGCUGAUGUAAAUGUGGUUAAGAACAAUUUCUUAUUAAUUGCUUCAUCAGGAUCAUUUGCUAAUUUCAAUCCUCCACAAUUAAUCUAUUAUCAUGAUAAAUUACAACAAUUUUUAUUAUCAAGUGGUGAUACUUUAGCUACGGUUGAAUUAUUUAAUCUUUAUGAAUUACAAUUCUAUUUAGCGUUAUUAACUAAGAAUGAUAUUGAAGCUAAGACUGUAUUGAAUAAAUUAUUAGAUCAAUUUGGCAAUAAUAAGAAAUCUCAACGUUUAAAGCUUUUACAAUCGAUUUAUUUAGAAGCUAUUGGUGAUAAAGAAGAAGCUUUAAAUUUGAUUAAUCGAAAUCCUGAUGAAAUACAAUUGGCCAGAAGAUUAGUUACAUUCAGUCGUAUGAAUGAAAAUGAAGAUGAUAAUGAAGAUUAUAUUGAAACUUUGAAUUAUUUCUUAGAUUUACAACCAUCUGAUUUAAUAGCAUGGUCAGAAUUAGGUCAUGAAUAUAGUAAGAUUGGACAUUAUGAUAAAGCGAUUCAUUGUUUUAAAGAGAUUUUAUUACAAGAUUCAUUCAUAUAUCCGAUUUAUUAUCAAGUUGGAUUGAAUUAUUAUUAUCAAUUUUUACAAGAAGAAAAGAAUUUAAAAACAGAAAGAAAGGAUAAAUUAUUAGAAUUAAUGAAUAUUUUAAUUAAUGCUAGAAAUAAUUUCCUUAGAGCCAUUGAAAUAUUUGAUGAUUAUCCAAAGGGGUGGGUAGGAAUAUUAACCAUAACUAAAUUAAAUUCAUUUAAUGAUAAAUUAAAAAAAUUAAGUGAUGGAGGUUUAAAAGAAGUUAAACAAUAUUUAGAACAAAAUGAAUCAUUACAAAAGUUGAGUAAUAGUAAAGUAGAGGAAUUUGUAACUACUGAAGAGUAUGGUUCUAUAAUAAAACAGUUUUCAAAGUAA